AGCACAGAACUUGACUCCCUCUAUAUAUACAUUGUCUUCUGCAUUGCUCAAUUUGUACAUUUCUCUUCAUUUCAAUCUUAAAAAUGGGUUUUGCAUCAGUUUUUCUUGUUCUUAGUCUGUUGGCAGUUCCUGCAGUGUACGGUGUUGAUCAUACCGUCGGAGGCUCCGGUGGCUGGGACCAAGGGGUGGAUUUCACCACUUGGGCUGCCGGUGAGAAAUUCGUUGUUGGUGACAAUCUCGUAUUCACCUACGGAUCUUCACACAGCGUGGAUGAAGUGAGUGCAUCAGACUACAGCUCGUGUUCUUCCAGCAAUCCAAUAAAAUCAUAUACCGGAGGCAAAAACACUGUUGCAUUAACAAAGACCGGUCCAAUUUAUUUUCUGUGUCCAUCCUUCGGCCACUGCGCUGGUGGCAUGAAAGUAACCAUCACCGUCUCAGCAGCCUCCACCCCCACUCCCUCCACGCCAACGCCCACCACUCCAUCGACACCAAGUCCCACCACCCCGUCAACGCCUUCAACUCCACCUAAGGAAGACACACCGCCUGCCAGUCCCGGUACACCACCGGCUCCAAAAGAGACGCCUAAUGGUGCAGGUGGUGGCCUGGGUGACAUGAACAAGUUGGUGGUGGGAGUUUGUGUUGGUUUUGCAGGUCUGAUGGGGCUUAUGGGCUAGGAAAGAGGCAGUGCUAUGGUUGAGUUACAUUGUUGUAACAUGUAUUUGUUUGAGUUUAUUUAUUGUGUUGUGAUAUGUAGAUUGAUUCAUUUGAUCAAUAAAAUUUACUUUUGUUCAAAAAAUUAAA